AUGGCCCCUGUGUCUGCGGCAGACCUGGCCCAAGGACAGGCGUUGGCUCAAGUUUCUCCUGGAGUCAACACAAGGGCAGUGGAGGAACCUGGCCUGCAGUCCUGCCUGACCUGGAAGGAAGUUCACGGGGUGACGCGUGGAACUGCCAAGCUCCAGGGGGCCUGGGAGGCCUGCAGCCCAGGGUGGGGGCAGGGCUGGGAAGAGCAGGCCAGAGAGCUGCUGGCCAUCGGAGCUCACCGCUGGCCCUCUCGAGGGACGGCGCUCUUUCUGCCCAUGUGGGAGCUGUGGUUUGCAGGCAUCACUGUGUGUGCCAGGCUCUGGAAGCGGGUAGAUGUCCCUGAAGGACAGAGGAGCCUCCAGGCCUCUCCACCAGCAGUGGGCAUGUUGGGGGCUGUGGUGGAGACAGUGACAGCUUCUGUGGCUCUGCUCCGCAGCUGCGCCUCCUCCAGCCCCUGGCUAUCCAGCUGCGGCCGGCAGGCAGCAGCCUGGGAGCUGCGGUUUCACCCUCAAGUUCUCCCUCGGGCCAGGUGUGCGCUGGCGUCCUCCUGGCGGGCUGCUUCCUACGAAACGUCCCCCUUAGAGACCCACACGCUUGCCCAGGAUCUGCUCUUCCAAAUAGAGAUGUACAAUGGAGUCUUCUGA